AAUAGCUAGGACCUCGGCGGUCUCCCUUGUGGCUUCGAGGGGACGUCGGAGCCAGGAGUCCCCGCCAGGAGUUAGACGACACCGGCGUGUGAGGGGCGAGGCGGAACACCAUGCAGGAUCCAAAUGAAGAUACAGAAUGGAAUGAAAUUUUAAGAGAUUUUGGCAUUCUUCCUCCAAAAGAAGAGCCAAAAGAUGAAAUUGAAGAAAUGGUUUUACGUUUACAGAAAGAAGCAAUGGUUAAACCAUAUGAAAAGAUGACUCUUGCACACUUGAAGGAAGCUGAAGAUGAAUUUGAUGAUGAAGAUAUGAGAGCUAUUGAAAUAUAUAGAGAAAAGCGGUUACAGGAAUGGAAAGCUCUUAAGAAAAAACAAAAAUUUGGGGAAUUAAGAGAAAUUUCUGGAAAUCAGUAUGUGAAUGAAGUCACAAAUGCAGAAAAGGAUGUGUGGGUUAUAAUUCACCUAUACAGAUCAAGCAUCCCAAUGUGUUCGUUGGUUAACCAGCAUCUUAGUCUCCUAGCAAGAAAGUUUCCUGAAACUAAAUUUGUUAAAGCCAUUGUGAAUAGCUGUAUUCAACACUACCAUGACAAUUGUUUACCAACAAUUUUUGUUUAUAAAAAUGGUCAGAUAGAAGGCAAAUUCAUUGGAAUUAUAGAAUGUGGAGGGAUAAAUCUCAAGCUGGAAGAACUUGAAUGGAAGCUAGCAGAAGUUGGAGCAAUACAGACUGAUUUGGAAGAAAACCCCAAAAAAGUCAUUGUAGAUGUGAUGGUAUCUUCAAUUAGAAACACUUCUAUUUAUGAUGACACUAAUAGUUCAAACAGUGAUAAUGAUGAUACCAAAUAG